AUGAAACCUGAUGGUGCGAGUGGUGAUGCUUUUGUAAAAGAGGGCUUUUCAAAUUGGAAAAAGAAGGAGCGAUUACAAACACAUGUUGGAAAUCAUGAUAGUGCUCAUAAUCAAGCUCGAAGAAAAUACGAAGCACUCAUGAAGCAAAAGCAACAUAUUGAAGUUGUAUUUCAAAAGCAUUCAGAUCAAGCUAAAAAAGAUUACCGAACUCACUUAACAGCAACAAUUGAGUGCAUUAGGUUCUUAUUGCGACAAGGAUUGGCUUUUCGUGGUGAUGAUGAAUCGCACAAUUCAAACAAUCAAGAUAUUGUUAGAGCUGCUGCAAGUGAAACUACUAAAGUUAUUAUUGAUGAUCUUGGAGAUGAUUUAUUUGCUAUUUUAGUUGAUGAAGCUCGAGACAUUUUUGUUAAAGAGCAAAUGGCUGUUUGUUUGCGGUAUGUGAAUAAAGAAUGGAUUGUAAUGGAGCGAUUUCUUGGCCUUGUCCAUGUUUCUAGCACAAAUGCGUUGUCGUUAAAAGUAGCUUUGGAAUCUUUAUUAGCAAAGCAUAGUUUAAGCUUAGCAAGAAUACGUGGACAAGGUUAUGAUGGAGCUAGUAAUAUGCAGGGAGAAUUUAAUGGCUUAAAAAGUUUGAUCUUGAAAGAAAAUACUUGUGCUUUUUAUGUUCAUUGUUUUUCUCACCAACUUCAAUUAGCACUUGUGGUUGUUGCAAAGAAACAGGUUGAAAUUGCACUACUUUUUAAUUUGCUUGCUAGUUUGUGCAAUAUUGUUGGAGCUUCUUGUAAACGUAAAGACAUGCUUCGUGAAAAUCAAAUGCAAAAGACAAUUGUUGCAUUACAAAACGGAGAUGUUUCUAGUGGGCGUGGCUUAAAUCAAGAAACAACAUUGAAAAGGACAGGAGUUACUAAUGAGUUGUCUCAAGCUCUACAAAAAAGUGAUCAAGACAUUAUAAAUGCUAUGACAUUGGUUAAAGUGUCCAAGCAACGAUUGCAAAGUAUAAGAGACGAUGGUUGGUCCUCUUUGCUCAAUGAAGUUUCACUAUUUUGUGAUAGUCACAAUAUUCUUGUUCGAAAUAUGAAUGACAUAUUUGAGAAGUUGCUUCGUUUAGCUGAAUUUUAUCCACAUGAAUUCUCUUCUACUCAACUUUUGGCACUUGAUAGUCAACUUGAGAAUUUUAUAUUGGAUAUGCGUCUUGAUGAUCAAUUCUCAAAUAUAAAUGGAACCAGUGGACUAUCUCAAAAAUUAGUUGAGACAAAAAAGCAUGUUGUUUAUCCAUUGGUGUUUCUUCUAUUGAAAUUAGCUUUGAUUCUACCUGUGGCAACGGCAUCAGUUGAGAGAACAUUUUCUGCUAUGAAUAUCAUAAAGAGUCGACUUCGUAAUCGAAUGGGAGAUGAGUGGUUGAAUGAUUGUUUGGUUACAUAUAUAGAAAGAGAGACAUUCAAUCAAGUUGAUAAUGAAACAAUUAUUCAACAUUUUCAAAAUAUGAAAACAAGAAGAGAAGUACCUUCAAGAUUUGAAGCUAAGAAAGUUAGCGGCUAA